UCCACAACUUCCUCGCCGUUUUCAGUUUGGGGACCCAUUUUGAUAUUCACUCCAAACUGACGAUAAUACCCCUCAUUUCUAUCUUAUUGACCAAAAUAUACACCUUCAUUUUGCCCGCGAAAACACUAACCUGUUCUUCUUGUCCUGUGAAGUAUCAUUUGCCUUUACUCUCUCUCUCUCUCUCUCUCUUCUAGAGUUUUGUGGAUUCUUUUUCUGUGAAAGACUGAUUUUUUCAUUUCUCUCUCCCUUUCUCUACAAUAAAACCAUCUACUCAUCUCUCUGUCUCCAAUUUUCCUUUCAAUUGGAAACCCUAGCCCCAAUUCUGUUCCAACACAUUUUCAACCAUAUAAUGACUCCUACUUUCUCGCUCUAGUCUCCGAAUCAUUCUCAACACUGAAUAGAGCCAAAAGGGAAAUGGCUGAAACGAGGAGGAAGAAUGUUAUGUCAGUGGAGCUUGCAAUCCAAAGAGAGUUGGCACAUCGGAAGAAAUUAGUGCCAUCUUCAUGUCCAAGUUCGUCGCUGGGAAGAAAUUGGGAUUCAAACUCAAGUUUGGAUCUGGUUCCAAUUUCAUCUAGUCCAACGCUGAGGCUUUUAUUUACUCCAAGCGGGAAUACAAGUUCAAUACCAUGGCUGGCACAAAAUCCUAAUUUAAGCUCAAGUUUGAGUCUGGUUUCAAGUUCAUCUAAUCAGUCUCCAUCUUCAACUUUAAAUCCGAGGCCACCAGUUGUUCCAAGUCGGAUUCCAAGUCCAAGACCAGGGCCAAUACCAAAUCUGGUUCGGAGUCCAUCUUCAACUUUAUUUCCGAGGCCACCACUAGUUCCAAGUCGAGUUCCAAGUCCAAGACCAGAAGGGCCAAGACCGAAUCUGGUUCAUAGUCCAUCUUCAACAUUAAAUCUGAGGCCACCACUAGUUCCAAGUCCAAGACCAGAAGGGCCAAGACCGAAUCUGAUUCAGAGUCCAUUGAAUCAGGUGUCAUCUUCAAAUCCAAGUCCAACUCAAAGACCGAGUAGCAUUCGAAGUCCAAGUACAUGGCUGAGGCCAAGGCCUAGUCUGUCAAGCAUAAAGAGAAAAGCAUCAACUGGCAACCUCCAACCACCCCCACCUCAACAGCCAAGGCCAUCUCACAAUAAUUACAUUAAAACAGAUCAAAAAGGGAUCUUCAUUUGCAAAGUCUGUGAAGUGCCAUGCUCAGGUGCCUCGAAUUUCAAACAGCACCUAAAAGGUCAAAAGCACAAGGCUAGAUUGCAACAAUUGCAGCUGAGCAGAGAAGAGGGCAAGGAGAAAAAAGAUCAACGACCAUGGUGUCAACUGUGUCAAAUUGGGUGCCCGGAUGAGGAUGCAUUGCAGAUGCACCUAAAAGGUCAAAAACACCAAGCUAAACUACGAGAGUUGGAACUUGGUAAGAAAAAUGGUGUAAAUCAGCCAUGGUGCGAACUAUGUCAAAUAUGGUGCAUGAAUGAAGAUGCAUUUGAGCAACAUCUCAAGGGCAAAAAUCAUGUCGCUCGCCUCUAUGCUACUGGGACAAACAAGAGGGCUACAGGGGAAGAGACUGCAACGAUGGCAAUUGACUUGGAAGAGGUGGAAUUGAAGAUGAUCCAGUGAUCCAACUGAAAGAAAGGUGCUUAUGUAUAAUUUCUUUGGCCUAAGGUCCAGCCCACGUGCACAAUGAAAAGCUACACUUUUCUAAGAAAUUUCAUAUAUUCUCGUAUUUAUACACACCUUAUUUUACAAUUGUAUGUAUUUUAUAGAAAGUGAGUAUGGCAAAACUUGUAUAUUUCCUUUGACCCUUUAGGUUAAUCAUGUUGAAGUUUUAUGGAAGUAUUUUAUUUUCUUCAA